AUGGCUCAGGAGCUCCGGACUCGAAAACACAGAAACCUCAAAUAUUUACUGGUACGGAGCCCACACAGCACACACCGGCCAAUACCCCCACCAGAGACAAACAUGGGACGUACAAAUAAACGCUUUCACCCCCCAGAGGCACAAAAACAGCCUGAUAUCAGGCCAACAUUUGAAAGGCCAGCUGCGGCCAGAACCAAGAUGGUGCCCGCGGCAGAAUGUGAGGAGCCAUCCCAAGACGACAGGGAUCAGUUCACAUUCUCAGAGUCUGAAGACGGAACAUCAGAUGUAGAAUCUGAAGAUGACUCCGCUCCAGUCACCAAGGGAGUCAUGAAGGACCUCAUACAAGAGAUACGCAGGCUCAAACUGAAAUAG